GCUGUGUGUGUGCGUCACCGUCGUGCACUUCUCAUCUGCCAUCUCCAUCGCACGUCGGCCGCCGACCGUUUCGUUUACCAGAGUCGCGUUGAGUUCUUGGUUGUCGCUUGUUGGCUCGGCGGCGGUUCCGCGGUGAUACGUGUUUUGCCCGAGAUUCCUGUAAUUCUGAGAAGUGCAGAUUCCUGAAGCGCCCGAAUGAGCCAGGUCCCACCCAGCGGUCCCGUUCGUUUUUAUUUAUUUGGUUGUGUUGCUCGCGUGUGAGUCCUGCAAGUGCGUCCUGCGGACCGUGUCCCGGUUGUGUUCCCCCCGAGUGGCCCGUGUUCGGCUUUGAUUUCGGCGUCGCCUUCCACGAUUUGACUUUUUGAAUUCGCUUUUGGCGUUUGUGUGCCGUUGGCCGUUUGGAUUUGAGACUGCGAAGAUGUCGUCGGACACUGCCAAAAACUUCUCGAGUUUGGAGACACCCGGCUAUGUGGGUUUUGCUAAUUUACCGAAUCAAGUGCAUCGCAAGUCGGUAAAAAAGGGUUUCGAGUUCACACUGAUGGUGGUGGGUGAAUCCGGUCUGGGAAAAUCAACUCUAGUUAAUAGCUUGUUUCUAACAGACCUUUAUCCAGAGCGAAUUAUUCCGGAUGCAGUGGAAAAACAAAAGCAAACAGUCAAGCUGGAUGCAUCCACGGUGGAGAUUGAAGAGCGUGGCGUGAAGCUACGUUUGACCGUUGUCGAUACACCUGGAUUCGGUGAUGCUAUUGACAAUUCGGACAGUUUCAGUGCAAUCUUAGAAUAUAUCGAUGAACAGUAUGAACGAUUUCUACGUGAUGAGAGCGGACUUAAUCGACGUAAUAUUGUUGAUAAUCGGAUACAUUGUUGUUUCUAUUUCAUUUCACCGUUUGGGCAUGGGUUGAAACCAUUAGACAUUGAAUUUAUGAAAAAACUACAUUCUAAAGUGAAUAUUGUACCUGUCAUUGCGAAAGCGGAUUGCUUGACAAGAAAAGAAAUUCAACGCCUUAAAACUCGCAUUUUGCAAGAAAUUGAGGAGAAUGGUAUAAAGAUUUAUCCACUGCCUGAUUGCGAUAGUGACGAAGAUGAGGAUUAUAAAGAACAGGUCAAACAACUUAAAGAAGCAGUUCCAUUCGCAGUUUGCGGCGCCACAACACUGCUAGAAGUCAAAGGGAAAAAAGUGCGAGGACGUCUGUAUCCGUGGGGCGUGGUAGAAGUUGAAAAUCCUGAUCACUGUGAUUUCAUCAAAUUGCGUACAAUGUUAAUAACCCACAUGCAAGACCUUCAAGAAGUAACACAAGAAGUACAUUACGAAAACUAUCGUUCAGAGCGUUUGGCCAAGGGAAUUAAGAAGAACGGAGCCUUGAAAGAAGCCGAUUCGACUACAACAGCAAGUAAUGGCGUUAUAACCGAUAAGGAUAGAAUAUUGCAAGAAAAGGAGGCGGAAUUGCGAAGAAUGCAAGAAAUGCUGGCUCAAAUGCAAGCGAAGAUGCAAGCACAAAAGUAAUCAAUCUCAUUCUGUUACAAAAUUCAAGCACAAGUUUGACCAUUUCAAAAGCGAAACAGACGACAAUAGCAGCGUUAUUGAGCUCUGGGCGGACUUAUCCUAAUAUGAAUAUUGUAUUUCAUUAUCACUAUCCAUUUUGAAAGGACCACCUUUCUCGUUUCAUACAGUUUCAGAUCGUUUGCCGAACGUGGCAGUAUUGUCUAGCAUUUCUAGUAGCGUGUACUCUCCUUUCUGAAAAAGUAUAAUCAUGUCCUCUGGUACAUGGAAAAGUAAUGUAUAAUAUUAUAAUCGUAGCUGUUUUUCUAUGAUUUGUACAAUAAUAUGUAAGUGGUUAUAUAAUCGCUAUGAAAUUCGUUUAUAUGUUUCUACAAAGCGAUAUUUAGAUAUACUCUCUAUGCGGCAAAAAAAAAGAGAUUGGAAAACUGCAAAUUUUACCAACAGAACAGCAAAAACAAUUUUAGGUGUAAAUAAGUUAUCAAUACUUUUGUCAUUCUAUUCAUGAAAAAAAAAACAUUUAUCAUAUCUUAUGCAAAAUCAUUAUUUUUACAAAUAUAUGAAAUUAUUUUCUUGCGACAUA